AUGGCACCUUUCGGCACAAUCUACUCCUACCAGCCCAGCCCCCGGGUUAUGAAGGCCCAAGCGGCUGCCAACCUGAACGGGUUGGAGCUCUCGGUCCCCGAAUUCACCAUGGGCCAGACCAACCGUACCCCGGACUUCAUGUCCAAGUUCCCUCUCGGCAAGGUCCCCGCCUUUGAAGCCGCCGACGGCACCACCCUCUUCGAGUCCGACGCCAUCACCCAAUACAUUGCCGAGAGCGGUCCCGCCGCCGACCAGCUGAUCGGCAGCACCCCUGCUCUGCGCGCCACUAUCCGCCAAUGGAUUUGCUAUGCUCAGGGCGAGAUCUUGGACCCCAUCACCCUGCUUGCCUUGUGGCGCCUCGGUAUCCGCGCCUACGACGAGAAGACUGAGACUGCCAACCUUGAGCGUCUGGACCGCUCGCUCGCUUGCAUGGAGACUGCCCUGAAGGGUCGCACUUGGUUCGCUGGUGAUAAGCUCAGCUUGGCUGAUAUCACUGUUGCGUCUGCCCUUGUCUGGGGUUUCUCCAUGGUCAUUGAGAAGGAGGCCCGCGAGAAGUACCCUACCGUUGUUGCCUGGUAUGAGCGCACUCUCGAGGCCGAGGGUGUUAAACAGGCUUUCGGUGAGAAGAAGUACAUCGACAAGCGCAGCGCCCCUCCUUCCUAA